GGGAGCAGAGAGGCUGAGCCACUGAUACCCCAGGAGGGCAGGAAGGAGGGACUCAAUAUAAGGAGAGGCUGAGCCACUGAUACCCCAGGAGGGCAGGAAGGAGGGACUCAAUAUAAGGAGAGGCUGAGCCACUGAUACCCCAGGAGGGCAGGAAGGAGGGACUCAAUAUAAGGAGAGGCUGAGCCACUGAUACCCCAGGAGGGCAGGAAGGAGGGACUCAAUAUAAGGAGAGGCUGAGCCACUGAUACCCCAGGAGGGCAGCAAGGAGGGACUCAAUAUAAGGAGAGGCUGAGCCACUGAUACCCCAGGAGGGCAGGAAGGAGGGACUCAAUAUAAGGAGAGGCUGAGCCACUGAUACCCCAGGAGGGCAGGAAGGAGGGACUCAAUAUAAGGAGAGGCUGAGCCACUGAUACCCCAGGAGGGCAGGAAGGAGGGACUCAAUAUAAGGAGAGGCUGAGCCACUGAUACCCCAGGAGGGCAGCAGGGGGUACCAGCCAAUCAGCAGGAGGAGAGACGGGCACUAUACGGGCUCUAUAGGGGAAUAUAGAGGAGAAUCAUGGCCCAAAGAUCUAUAGCAACUUCCUAUCGGGCCCCCACCUAUGAUGUGUGUGUAGUUGGCCAAGAGCUGACACUCGAUAUUUACAGGUCGGUUCCUUCAGGGGCUGAGUAUUUCGAGAUCCUGCGGACCCCCCCAAUAGAUAUCACCCUUAUCUACGAUGAGAAUCGUAUGGAAAAGGCUCAGAAAGGACACAAACUGCCACUUAACAAGUCACCUCAGAUUGUCAUGUCCCCGACUGAAGCCAGCGCCGAGCUGAACGACUGUAAGGUCAAAAUCUUUUAUUAUGGGAAAGGAGAUUCCCCGCUUGACAGCGCGCUGCUGUAUCUGACCUGCGUCUAUGUGUCAUUGGACGCAGAUGGGAAACGGACCGGAGCCGUCAGUCGAGGGGUGAAAGACAAGGGCUCGUGGAGCUGGGGCCCCAAUGGAACAGGCGCAAUUCUGCUGGUUAACUGUGACCGGGACCGGGACGGGAACGGCGGGACGGACAACAUGGACGCGGGGGGGCCCAAUGCUGCAGAUAUUAAGGAUAUGUCCCCCAUGGUCCUGACGGUGAAGGGUCCCAAGGAGGUGUUCAAGUUCCACCAACUGAUCCUGCAGAUCCCUCCCCCCCAGGCAACCAAACUGCGGGUCUAUCAGAAGAGUGAAUCCGGUUACCUCCAUAUUUUGGGGGGAGCAAAAUUGUCCUGUGAAGUCCAGAGAGGAAAGAGGAGUGAAAUGGAAUUCUAUGUGGAGGGACUGGAUUUCCCCGAUGUUGACUUCCCCGGGCUUGUGCAUAUCAGUCUGUCUUUCCAGAGAAUCAGUGAUACACAGGAAAUAUUUGCUGAGAAAGUGGCUUUCAGGCUGACGCCGUGGAUAAUGACCCCCAAUACCCAGAAACCCCUGGAGGUCUAUGUCUGCAGUGUGCGGGAUAACUGGCCCUUCCUGAAACAGAUGUUGGCGUUCGUUAGGAAGGCGCGGUGCCAGCUGAACAUCUGCCCCGAGAUGGAGAAUUGUGGGGAUCGCUGGAUGCAGGAUGAGAUGGAGUUCGGGUACAUAGAGGCUCCGCACAAGGGUUUCCCGGUGGUGUUGGACUCCCCGCGGAACAGGGGGCUGAAAGGAAUGCCAUUCAGCAGAUUUCUGGGACGAGACUUCGGGUACGUGACGAGGGAACCAGAGUACGAAGACGAUGUGUCCGACCUCGACUGCUUUGGGAACCUGGAAGUCAGUCCCCCGGUGACAGUGAAAGGGAAAAGUUACCCCCUCGGGAGAAUCCUGAUAGGGGGCGCUCUGCCCAACUCUGACCUGAGCCCGCCCGACACUCGGACUAUGGCUAAAGUGGUGACGGAUUUCCUCAAGGCGCAGCUGGUUCAGUCCCCGGUGGAGCUCUUUUCUGAUUGGCUGUUAGUGGGGCAUAUAGACGAAUUCAUGUCGUUUGUACCCACCCACGAUAAAAAGGGAUUCCGCCUCCUUCUGGCCAGUCCUAACGUCUGUCUGGAGCUGUUUCGGGAGAAGGAAAAGAAAGGAUAUGGUGGGGCCCUCAUGUUUGAAGGACUGGACGUUGAGCCCUACUCCAUCUCUGAAAUUCUCUCUGAUGCUGAAGUGCUGGAGGGUUGUGCCUACGCUCAGAAAUGCAUUGAGUGGAACAGGGAUCUAAUGAAGGAGGAGCUGGGACUCUCUGAGGAAGACAUCAUCGAUAUCCCCGUGCUCUUCAAGCUCCUCCCACGUUACCACCUAGCAGAAGCCUUCUUCCCCAAUAUGGUGAACAUGUUGGUGCUGGGGCAAUAUCUGGGCAUUCCCAAGCCAUUCGGACCCAUUAUAGAUGGGAGGUGCUGUUUGGAGCAGAAGGUGUGUUCUUUACUGGAGCCGCUGGAUUUGGACUGCACCUUCAUCGAUGACUUUGCCACCUACCACCAGAAAUGUGGAGAGGUACACUGUGGCACCAACGUGAUCCGGAAGCCUUUCCCUCAGAAAUGGUGGCACUGCCUUCCCUAGGUCAUAGGGGCACGAGAUGGACCCAAGCACCAAAGGGAAGCCAUGAAAUAUACUGCAAAGCUUAUACAUUAUAUAUAUACAUAUACCCCCGGCCCCCGUCUCCCCCACUGUGUUACCCACCGGCCC